AUGAGCUUCAAAGCGAAAAAUCUCGCCUAUGAGGCCCAACAACCUGCUUUCCUUCGGCGACUACGCGGUGAAGUUGCUGGAGAUGACUCGGUUCGUCACGAGCAGCCCAUUCCUCGGAACAAGCGAAUGAAGCAGGACGAUGAUGAUGAUGGUCCAACAUACGUUCUAGAAGACAGCAACCAGUCGCUCUCAAAAGCGGAAUACGAAGCACUGGUCACGAACAAAGAUCCUGAAAGCCUGACAGGAAAGACAGACAAGAGUCUUCAGCCAGACCUGGCUCUCGAAGGCGGGGACAAGGGAGAGUCUAAGGACCGCAUCGUUGAAGCCGGUCAAACCAUGAGGAAGCGCAAAGCCGUUAGAGUUGGAGGAGAUGAACCAGAGGAGGGCAAGCUGCUCAAGGUCAAGGAUGCUAAGGUCGUGAAGAAGCCGAAAAAGAAAGCAAAGCCAAUCAAACUUUCCUUUGGUGAUCAAGAAGAAGGGUGA